CAGUAAAAACUCAAGACGUAACGGAUAGUCUCCAGACAGGGGUGCUCUUGUGAUCGGUCCAGACGUUCAUCUAGUCGAAGUGAAGCAAGUGCUAUGGCAGUGUUAAAAAUACUUUUCUUAUUUUUACUUCACAUUUGGGCCCCGAAUUCGGUUUUUUGCGAACCGACUGAAGAUUAUUAUUACUCAAUGGAGGAUGAGCCAAAUUCGGUUAAUUUUACACACGUGCGUGCGAAAAAAUUGAGCGGGAAUGUCCAGUUAACGUCACUUGAAGUGUUGCCUACAGAUAUGUUAAACAAUGGCUUUGAGAAAGUCGAAGAGACCACCAAAGUAAUAUCCAGUGUAAAUAAACACAUUGGAACAAUCAUCGAAAAUCAACAACAAGACUCUUUAUUGUCCGAAGUUAGGACAAAAGUUCCGACAGAUGGUCUGGAACCGCUCGGUUUGAUGGAUGUUUUUAACGACACAUCUGGCACUUUGCCCGAUCAGACCACUACAGAAAAACUAAUCACUGACACUCCAUUAAAUUCAGAGAUCACUGAAAAAUUUCAAGAUUGGGUUUCAGGUGAUUUGAGUUUAAUUUCGACGGUUAGAAAUGAAAGAAUUAAUUCAGUGUAUGAUGAGAGAGUUUCUUCGAAAAGUAAUAAAUCUUUUAGUGGAGAGAUUUCAGGGAGUGAAGAAAUUGAGAAUUUGUCGACGUUUUUGGUUGUUGAUGAAGAAUUGCUAAAUGAACAUAAUGAAGAGGAGGAUGUUGAGGGGGAGUUUGAAGACAUUAGGAAUAUUUUGAGAGACUAUGAAGAAAGUGAAGAAAAGUCGACGACUAAAGAACAUGACAAAACCGAAAUUGUGACCCAAAAAAUUACUACAGAAAGUAUAACAAAUUUCACAGAAGAAAAAGAAGACAAGGCAGUUUCAACAUCUUCAACUUUUACAACUGAUGAAAGUUUCACAUCACAAAACAAUGAAGCUUUGAAACAAACUACUGUUUGGACCAAAUUCGACGGAUAUAAAGAAACAACUACAGAAUUUUCCACACGUUUAUGGGAAGACAUUUUUACAGAAAAACAUAAUGAAAUGACACAAAAAGAAGAAAAUUCUGCAACUGCCACAUACAGCACAACUGAUGAUUUUUUUAACACAGUAACAGAGAAUUUAGAAAAUAGCAUUACAACUACUGUAAAUAAAUUUGAAGAAAAUAAUGCGUCAACGUAUCAAGAAACUACAACACAAUUUGAAAAAAAUGAAGAUUUUUAUACUAUUAAUAUGGAAAACGAAGAAAGAGCGAUUGACAAUUUUCUAAACACAAAAACUGAAAAUAUUACAUCGGUUUUAAAGAAAUUUGAACAAAAUGAAGCAUGGACAUUAUCAACAGAAUUUUCUACAACAGUUUAUGAAAACGGUAGAGAAAAAAUUUUUGACAUUAAUAGAAGAAAUGAAGAAGGUAUGUCCACUGAAAUUACUACAGAAGUCGUAGAAAAUAUUACGUCAGUUUUAAAGAACCUUGAAGAAACUGAAGUAUCAACAGCUAUGACAGAAUUUACCACAACAAUUUUUACAAAAAAUUUCAGGGAUUUUAACAUUAACAGAACCGUUGAAAUUUUACCAGAAAAACAAAUUCAAAUUGUGCAAAAUGAAAAGAGGAAUUUGGCAACUACACUUCUUUAUGAAAAAGAAUUAGAAGAAAUUAUUGAUGACAUUACAACGACAUUGAAUAAAUAUGAAGAAAAUUACGUUUUAAGUUAUGAAAAAACAACAACACAAUUUGCAACUACCGAUUUUGAAGAACGAAAAAUCUUUGACACUACCACACAAAAUGAAAAAAUCCUUGCCACUGAAAUAGUAACCAUUUCUAACGAAAAACAAAUUUUAGCGACAGAUAAAACUAAAGAUCUGCUUGUAAUUAAGGAAAAGGAAGAAACCCAUAUUUUGACAGAAGAUUGUAAAGAAAACUUAGAAAAAGAAUUUAAAAAUAAAGAUGAAAUAACUAAGGAUGAAAAUCUUGAGGGAAGUCCAAAUUUAGAAAAAACUACGACGGAAAUACAAGUAGUAAGCAACACCAUAGAAGAAGAAAUAAGCAAUAACUCAAGUGAAGAAACUGUAGAAUUUUUAUCAACAACAAAUUUUCCCAAAGAAAUGCUUUCUACAACUACUGAAGAAACAAAAAAUGAAGACUUCAACCCAGUUUCCACUUCCACCAAUACGACUGAAAAUGAAGUAAAGGAAGAUUUCUUGAAUUAUGUAACAUCAGGAAUUUCAAGAUUUUUCGGAUCUUUUUUCGACUCAACAGAAAAACAAUUUGAGAAAAAAAUUUUAGCUAAUGAAGACACUAAAAACACGUUAGAAGGUCAAAAUAACGAUAUUUUCUAUGAAGAUGAAACUAAAAAAAUUGUAGAAGAAGAUGAUAAACUGAGUCACUUCAAUCAAUUAGAAGUUGAAGAAACAUACAGAAAUUUGAAUAAGUUUGAAGAAGAAAGUACAAUAAAAACUGCAAUUACGACAAACUUAAAUUUAGAUGAUUUUAAAUCCUACUCAAAAUCACCUCAAUUGCCCUCAAAGGCCGACAGUUUGAUCAAUUCUUUAGAAGCACCUCAGCUGAAGCUAAAAAUCAACGAUCAAGAAACGAAAGUUAUUAUCAAAAUCAUCACAAACGACUCGAGCUUGUACAUCCCUUCAAGUGCCCUUGUCACCUUUCCAUCCCCAAACACCGUCAACAUCACAUGGAAAUCUUCAUCAUUUCAAAACAAUUCUCUACAAUUCGUUAUGGGAAACUCUCUCCGACUCGUUAUUGUCAAAGGUACCGAAAUGUACAUCCACCAGACACUUAUCCACGAAAAUAAAUUUGAUGUUGACACAAACUUAAUCACUCUAGAUGACGACGUCCAGAUUUAUUUCUCUAAUUGGGAUAUAUUGAGAUUAGAUCACAGAAUCAUGACCGAAUUUUCGGAAAUGACAAGUGCGAAGACAAAUUUGGCGGCUAAGAUUACAGGAGGGUGUGUGGGGGCGUUUUUGGUAAUCGCAGGUGUAGUCUAUUUUGUUAUUAAGAAGUUGAGAGGAAAGAAACUGAACUUUAAACCCAACAAUGAAGAGGCAUAGUUCAUUGUUAUGCAAACCAAAGAAUUUUAUCUUUGUAGACAAAUAUUUACUUAAAUCACUUUAUUGUAUAUAAAAACUUCUUUUUUAUUAAUACAUUUUUAUAAUUA